GAAAGCUGGGGAGGUGGAGGGUCUGGAGAUGGACACCACUAACCUGUCACUGGGCUCCUCUUUCCCUCGCAAUUUGUGUGGCUGAAAGGAGAACGGAGUGGUGCAGAGCACAGCAUGCUGACAGCUCGAGCCUGUCUCUCAUGCUUUGGGGUUCUUACAGCCUGGCAGGUAAGGGGUUAGUGACAUGAUUCUUCCAAAGAACUGGAUGUCACAUAGGUAGCAAUGGGGAAACUGAGGCAGAGUGGCUGGAUGAUGCCUCAGGCAACAGAUGGGACAGGGCUAAAUGUCCUCUUUGCCUUCCUCUUCCUCAGGUAAGGAAUGAAGCCUGUAAAGGAGCCUCCUGUUCUGCCCUGACUCUAAGCCUCGAUCAGCAAAUAACGCUGUUAUAUCUACAUAAAAUCUCAAACAUUUGUUUUGCCCCGUUCUCCGCAUUCUGCCCUGCCUCCUUGCUAUUGUAUUUAACCAAACAAACCUUUGCUCUGUCUUUACAGUUCUUUGGCUUCCCAGCAAAUUUGCAAAUCCCUCUGAGUUUGGUUUGGCUGCAAGGAUGAGUCUGUUCAGUGUCAGGGUGCGUUUCCCAGCCAGAAAUAACCACAAAAGCAACGGCUGAGGGAAUGCUUCAUGGGGAUGGCCGAGAACAAAACCGAUCCUGAAGGAAUCUGGGGGAGAGUAGAUUCUAUGCUUAGGGACUCUGACAGCCCAUUGCUUCUAUGGGGAUGGUGCCUUCUAGUCCAUGGAGUGGGAAGAGGAAUUCUGUGUCUUGAGUGUCUCCUCAUCAAAAAGACGAAGAUAUAAUAAUUCCUAUUGAUAUCUUGGUCUUGAGUUGGGGAGGGCUGCUCUCUUAGGCUCAUUCCUCACAUCUCCUGCUGUUGAUGUUUUUGUUUCAGACAUACAAACUUGCAUGAAGGUCGUAUGAGUUUUACUGGGCGCUUGUGUUCCUGGGUGGCGUUCUGUAAGAGAGGCCCAAUUAGUAAUUUCUAAUUGCAACAAAUGGCUUAUCUGAACAGAGGUAUUCUGGAACAGCUACCGGGCUUUGAGUUCACACCCUGCUGUAAUCUGAGGUUCUCAAGUUUAGACAAGCCCUUGUGCACUCUCUCUUCUGGGUAUUCCUCGUGGUCAAGUGAACCGGCUGUUUGCUAGUAGCUCUGUUACACUGCAUUAAUCACUCUUCAAUGUAAAAUACGCUUGGUAAAUUUAUGUGUUGGGCAGAAAAAGUAAGAGGAGAAUGAAGGUUUUCUCCAAUGAGGAGUAAAAUUGUGAUUUCAGCUACUGUUCAGAGUCUUUUAUUUGGAUAAUCAAAUUGAGAUGCUGGUAAAGCACUCGUACGUCGAUGCUCUGGAAAUUGAGCUCACCUAAAGGUGUGUUGCUAAACAUGCCAGAAUUUGUAUUCCUGGCCAAAAAUCUAGGGUCCACAGGAUGUUUGGUCAUUCUCUCUAGAACUUGGAUCUCUGGAAGUGGAGAUGUCUCCCUGGAGGAGUGGUGGGACACUGCUUGAUGUGGUGUCACCAGGUGAACAUCUCUGGGCUUCAUUAUUCAAAAAAACCCAAACUAUGGGAUCAGAAUGAUGUUGAAAACCCUAUUAAAUUUUCAGCAGUGGUGACAGUGGGGACUAGGAAGUAGACUUGUGUUUACCAGGAUUUCCUUUUGAGAUUUAGGUCCCUUUUUUCUAUAUGUACAUUAAAGUACGAGCAGGGAGAUAAAACACCUCAGCACCACUUCACUUAGGCUGCUGUAGGUGUGCAAAGCUCUCUGCUCUCCCCUGCAAUGUACCGGUGCUUUUACAGACUGGGAGUACAGCAAACUGGGUUUUGCCAAGCGCAUUUGCAGUAGGUUUUUUUGCCUGAAUCUGCCUCUCCAGAAGCUACUUUGCAGAUAUGAUGUUGUGGCUGUUGUUGCCUUUUACUGAGCACUCAGCUGUGUGUUGUUUUUUGUUGGUUGUUGGGUUUUUUUUUCUGUUUGGUUGGUUUUGUCUGGUUUGGGUUUUUUUUGUGUAAAGACAAGAACAGAAAAGAUCCUUUGGGUGAUGUAUCUUUCCAAGGCCACUUGUUUGUACUCAGCUGCUGUGGGAAUGUGAACCCGAGUUAAUAUCCUUGAAAGAUCCACCUUGGCAUUUAAGAUGCUCAAGGCCUGUUUACAUGGGUCGGAGAUGAUGGAGAGUGCUCCAGAGAUACAUUCCGGUUCCAUGCAGGCAGGCGUGAGUUCUUGAUGUGGAAUAAUUACCACUUUAGGGAUUGCUCUGGCUGUGAAACUGCGAUGCAAUAAAACCAGCGCAUUUUCCAAUACAAGAAAGCCCUUUGCGUAAGCCCCUGAUUCAGAUUGUGUUCUGAAAUCAUGUGAAACAAGAACACCCAGCAGUGACCAGGAGAGAAGCUCUUUGAGUUGCUCUCCAGCAGUAGACAUCCGGAAUGCUGCUGGGAAAACACUGCCCUGUCAGAGGAGAAGGGGAAAUCAUGUUUGUAACAGCUGAAGGGUCUCAAACUCUUAAUUCCCUAGAGAUUUGUGUCGUGGGUUUUUUUUCCUCCUUCAUGUUUACACUGCUGCGGAUCUGCCUCUCAGCAAGGUUACACGGGACGAAUAAUGAUGUCUUUAUAGUGACCUUGACAAAGAAGCAAUUUGGUUAUCCAACAUAGCCUACCCAAAGCAUGUGAAAGCAGCGCUCCAGCGGCCAAGCGAGGAGGGUUUCAUAAGAAUCGACUCAUGUUCCAGCAAGCAUUUUAUCCUCUUGUUAUUCUGCCUUUUCCCUCACCCUCUCUUUUGAAGAAUUAAUAUAUACAUGGGGUAGGUUUUGGCACCUAGAAAACUCAUAAUAUUGCAUUACACAUCCUUCCUUAUUUUUUUUUUUUUAACUGGAAGCACAAUUUUAAGCCACUCAAUUUUAUUGGCUUUGUUUUGCGAUGCUGUACAUGGACUGGUUUAUAGAGGUGCCAGCUGAGCUGUUUGAAGGCACACUUGUUGUUUUGUCCUUCGUCUGAAGGACAGAAUUUGUCUCCUCAUAGUUGAUGGAAAACACUAAACAAGAGGAAAGUGAAAAGACCACAAGGACAUUUGAGCUGUGUGUCUUCCGCUGCCCUGGGUCUGUGGGCAAGGGGGCAAACUUAUCAGAAACUUAAAACAGCCCAAGAAUGGCCAAGUCCCUGCUGCUCCAGGAGUUCUUGAAAACCACUUAAUUUCUAUCAUGGAAAUUGUUCCUAAUAUAAUAGUUUCAGAAUAAGUCUAUUUUUAUCUUUUUUCUUUAAAAUCCUACGUCUUUGUAUUUUUCUGCAGUAUUCUGAAACGUGAUAAAAAAUGACCUGUAGUAGGAAUAGUAUUCUCCCAACCUGUUUCUGUUCUUUUUGGCUAGCAGUGGCCCAGGUGGCCAAGAAGGCAAAUAGCAUCCUAGUUUGUAUCAAAAAUGGUGUGGCCAUCAGGACCAGGGAAGAGAUUGUCCCCCUGUACUCGGCACUGGUGAGGAACCACCUCAAAUCCUGGAUUCUGUUUUGGACCCAUCAGUACAAGAAAGAUAUUGAGCUGCUGGAAUGCAUCCAGAGGAGGGCAACAGAGCUGGGGAAGGGUCUGCAGCUCAGGGGUUAUUGAGAGUGGCUGAGGGAUCUGGGAUUGUUUAAUCUGGAGAAGAGGAGGCUGAGGGAAAGACCUCAUUGCUCUCUACAACUGCCUGAAAGGAAGUUGUAGCGAGGUGGGUGCUGGUCUCUUCUCCCAAGUAACAAGGGACAGGAUGAGAGGAAAUGGCCUCAGGGUGCACCAGGGGAGGUUUAGAUGUUAGGAAAAAUUUCUUUACUGAAGGAGUGGUGAAGCAUUGGGAGAGGCUGCCCAGGGCGGUGGUGGAGUCUCCAUCCCUGAAGGGGUUAAAAAAAAUGUGUAGAUGUGGCACUUCGGGACACGGUCCAGUGAGUAUGCUGGUAUUGUGUUGAUGACUGGAGUUGAUGAUCCUAGAGGUCUUUUCUAAUUUUAACAAUUCUAUGAUUCUAUUAAGGCCAUGUGGGAUUAUGGUCUGUGCGUUACUGUGGGUAAAGAUAUGUGUGUGUGUGUGUCUCUGUGUGUAUAUUUGUAUACAGUUUUUAUAGACUCCUGCAGGCUUUUGAUAGCAAUAGCGUACUCUUGGCUAAACAUUUCUUAUCUCUACCAAACACGCUGCUGAAGUGGCAUUCCCCUUUUUGAUCAGCAAGGAAAGACAAUAUAUAAAAAAUGACUAUUUGCCUUCUCCUGUAGCCGGGGGAUGUGUGGGUCGGGAGCCUCUCUGGUUGCAGUUGCUGUUGCUUGGAUCUGCAUUUUGACAGUGGACCACGACAUAAAGAAGGGGAAAAGCUGAAAACUUUCAAAACAGCAGGCAGCUGUCUGUGGACUGGUUUUUUUUUGGUCAAAAUCCAUAUGCAAAGUGAUUGCUGGUCACUUGUGGCAGUCAGCACAAGGCUUCGCCUCCACGAUGGGAAGCUCAUUAAAGACAGACGUUACCACCUCCGGACAUACCCAAACUGCUUUGUGGCGAAGGAGCUCACAGACUGGCUGAUCGACCACAAAGAAGCACCAGACCGAGAGACGGGCAUCCGCCUCAUGCAGAAGUUAAUGGACCAUUACAUCAUCCAUCACGUCUGCGACGAGCACUCCGACUACAAGGAUGCCAAGCUGCUGUAUCGCUUCCGCAAGGAUGACGGGACCUUCCCCCUCAGUAAGGACGUAAAGGUGUUCAUGAGAGGGCAGAGUAUUUAUGAGAAGCUGGUCAGCAUGGAAGAUUCAAUUCUGAAGGUGAGAGAGGAGAACUCGGUGAAGUACCAGAGGACUUUCCUGGGCUGUGAGAUGAUUGACUGGCUCAUUCAGGAAGGAGAAGUGGAGAACCGAAAGGAAGCGGUGGAGCUGGGACGGGCACUGCUGGAGCAUGGGAUCAUUCAACAUGUCUCCAACAGGCAUCACUUCUUUGACAGUGACGUCCUCUAUCAAUUCUGGAUCAACUUUCGACGGAGGCGUCGUCUCACAGAGUUACUCAAUGAGAACUCUUCUCGUGCCCUGUCCGAGAGCCCUGACAGCCCUUUCUGUCUUCGCAAGCUCAACCCAGAUCCGAGCAACACCAGCUUUCUUUCUGUCCAGACCAACAAGGAGAUCAAAAUUGUCUCGGCAGUUCGAAGGAGCAGCAUCACUUCCCUUGCUGGAAACUCCAACUCCUACUUCAGUACAACUCCUACGUUGGUGUUCCCUCCUGUGGCUGAGUGCAAUCCCAAAUCAGUGUUAAAGAGACCCGUCACCAAUGAAGAGCUCCUGUCCCCUGGAGCCCCGUACGUCAAGAAAACUCUAACGAUUGUAGGGGAUGCGGUGGGCUGGGGGUUUGUGGUCCGAGGAGGAAGGCCGUGCCACAUCCAGGCAGUGGACCCCGGAGGACCUGCUGCUGCUGCAGGGAUGAAGGUGUGCCAGUUUGUUUUCUCAGUGAAUGGUAUGUACGUUUUGCAUCUGGACUAUCAGACCAUCAGCAACCUCAUUAUGACAGGACCACGAACUCUUGUGAUGGAAGUCAUGGAAGCCAUUGAAUGAGCAAAGAAUCUCAUCCUGCCGCUGUCUGGAAAAGCAGGAUACUCCACUAAGCAAGGAUGGACUGUGGGAAGGGACCAAGCAUGACCGUUCACUCUGAAAUGUUAGCCAGGAAUUUUAAUAUAUUUUCAAAUAAAUAUAUUCUAAUG